AAGGAAUGGACGACAAUGUCACGAACAACAAGCACUCGCCGUUCCCCAACGAUGCCUAUCAAGUUGGUUGGAUUUCGGCACUGCCCAUCGAGCUGGCGGCAGCUCGCGGGAUGCUCGAUGAAGAGCACGGAAACCCACAAACCUUGCCGCAGAAGACGGACAACAAUAGCUAUGUUCUUGGGCAAAUUCACAACCACAAGGUAGUCAUCGCGUGCCUUCCUAGAGCUGAAGUAGGCGCUAGUUCUGCCGCUCUUGUAGCCCAAAACAUGAUGUGGAGUUUCCCUAACAUACGCAUCGGCCUGAUGGUUGGCAUUGGGGCAGGUAUACCGAGAUGUUCCAGCAAUGACGACGAUGAUUCCGACGAUGACGACGAGGAAGAUGUCCACCUUGGUGACGUUGUCAUCAGCAGCGACAAGAAGACCGGCGGUGUGGUUGCUUACAACUUUGGGAAGAAGCUAGCAGAUGGGUCCUUCGAGGUCGCAUACCAUCUUGACCAACCACCCAGAGUUCUGCGUACCACCUUGGCGAACCUUGAGGCUACCCACGAAGUUCGAGACAAUCUGAUACCCAAGUACAUUGGCCAAAUGCUUGUGAAGCUACCAGGAAAAAUGCGUUCCAAGUGGAUUCAUCCUGGGUUAGAGAAGGAUAUACUGUUUCCACCCGACUACAUGCAUUCGAGCGGCAAGACCUGCAAGAACUGCGACCAGGAGAGAGCCCUUAGAAAGGGACUCGACAGGCGAGAAGAUGAUACCCCAGUAAUACACUAUGGAGUAAUCGCGACAGGCUCGGAGGUUGUUCGGCAUGCGCCUACCAGGGACCAAAUCAGAAGCGACCACAAUGCCAUCUGCCUAGAGAUGGAAGCGGCGGGCUUGAUGAACAACUUCCCCUGCCUUGUCAUUCGAGGCAUAUCAGAUUAUGCAGAUUCGCACAAGAAUGACCGAUGGCAUCGGUAUGCUGCAGCGGCCGCCGCAGCUUGCGCCAAAGAAUUAUUAAUCGACAGCAAAUUGGACAAUGUAGAUGCCAAAAUUAGUACAUUUAUGACAGCAUCGCAAGAAGAGAAACUCAGGAAAUGGCUCUCGGCCUCCAACCCUGAGACAAACUUCAAGGCAGCCUUGGGCACCUACCAUCCUGGCACAUGUUUGUGGUUCCUUGAGGGCGAUCGAUUCAAGGACUGGAAGCUCGCAAGUCGCCAGAGCUUGUGGAUGCACGGAAUUCCUGGGUCUGGAAAGACAGUGAUGAGUUCGAAAAUUAUCCACAGCCUUCUCUCAGACGAGACGAACGUUCUUUACUUCUUUUUCGAUACGCGAGACUCUGAAAAGCAGAGUCUAGAUGACUUAUUGCGAUCCCUCAUCUUGCAACUAUACACCGAAGGGCAAGCAAGGAACAUCCUCGAGAGCCUGUUUGUGGAUAAAUUUGGGGAGGGAAACAAGCGUCUCUUCUCCAAAGACCUUGAGACCACUUUUCUGUCCAUGGUCAAUUCUUCAGGACGAAAAUUCAAAAUCGUUCUUGACGCACUGGAUGAAUGUUCUACCAAAGAGGAUGUGCUUGAUUGGGUUCAAUCAUCCAAUUCCAAAUCCGAGCUUGCAGAGGUCGGCUUCCUCAUGACAAGUCGCAACGAUAAAGUAAUAGAGUCUGGCUUCAAGAAGUGGCUCAACCAGGAUUGUUUCGUACCUCUUGAGACAGAGACAAUCAACAAGGACCUUACUGGGUAUAUUGAAUUCUGCCUGCAGUCAGGAAGAUAUUUCGAACGAUGGAGCAAUCAUCCUGGAGUCCUACUAAAAAUGAAACAAGGGCUUGUCCAUAGAGCUGAUGGGAUGUUUAGGUUGGCUGUUUGCCAGUUGGAAAUUCUUAAAUCAUGUAUCGAUAUCGGUCAAGUGGAAGACGAAAUCAAGCGACUGCCAAGAACCCUAGAAGGAGUCUAUGAGCGAAUUCUUCGCGACAUCAGAGAACACCAUCACACUAGGGUUGUCCGCAUCCUCCAAUUUCUGGUUUACAGCCAGCGGCCCUUGAGAAUAGACGAGUUGGUAGACGCGAUCGCUGUCGACCUUUCGAGAGAACCAGAAUUUGAACCCGAAAGAAGGAUGCCGGACCCACAAGGCAUCCUGGAGAUGUGUCCAAGUCUUCUUGCAAGUCGAGAGCUGAAUGCGGAAGACAACAGCCAAGGCAACAAGACGGGGAUUGUUAUUGAAAUUGUCGAACUAGCACACGCAACCGUCAAAGAGUAUCUCGUAUCCCUUGGUAGCGGCAGCAAGUUUUAUUCUAUCGCGGAUCCGGUGACGGCUCAAGCUAUCAUAACCACGGUAUGCCUCGCCUACCUAUCUCAUAUCGAUGAAAAAGAGGCACAGGAGAAGACCAGGGCUCAGUUUCCUCUUGCCCAGUUCUCGUCGAGGUACUGGCUACAAUAUGCGAAAGGUUCCGAUGAAGUUCUCGAGGUUCGGGAGGCUACCAUUCGGUUUCUGUCUGACGAACGAACAAGGCAUAUAUGGGGCUCUUUGUAUAAUCCCGAUUUUCCUACGACUGACAUCGCAGGACCAUAUACAAUGGCCACACCCUUGUACUACGCUUCGCUAGCUGGACUCGCGCACACGGUCACCAAAUUGCUUCAGAUGGGCGCCGACCCGAUGAACUCUGAUGGGGGAGAGUACGGAAACUCACUUCAAGCUGCCUGUGCGGCUGGCCAGGAAGAGGUUGUCAAAGUCCUACUUCUUGAGCGGGGCGUAGACGUAAACAGAACGGCAGGUUCACUUGGAAACGCGCUACAGGCGGCUUCGACACAGAAAAAUGAGCACGUCGUCAAUAUGCUGCUUGAAAAGGGCGCCAAGUUACAAGCCAACGGUGGGAAAUACGGCACGGCUUUGCAGGCUGCCUCCGCUCGAGGCAAUCAAGGUGUGGUGAAGUUGCUUCUAGACAAGGGUGCGGAUCCAAACUCGCUCGGCGGAAAAUACAACAACGCACUCUAUAUUGCUUGCCUAAGAGGCCACGAACAAAUUGUCAGAUUCCUCCUUGACCGCGGAGCCGACAGCAAUGCUGAGAGUCCGGAGCGUGGAAUCCCGCUUCAAGCUGCGGCCGAGGGGAACCACACAUCUAUCAUCCACAUGCUCCUCGAUAACGGGGCGCAUAUUGAUAAACAAAGUGGUCUCUAUGGCUGUACGCUUCAGCUAGCAUGCGUGCGCGGGAGUGAACAAGUAGCAAGGGUGCUCCUCGACAAAGGAGCCGACCCCAACCAGGCGGGUGGCCUAUUUGGCAGUGCACUUCAAGCAGCCUCGGCUCGUGGCGAUGCCUCAUUGGUGCGACUAUUGCUUGAGAAAGGGGCCGAUCCAAACGCAUGGGGAGGCUACUACAAGACAUCGAUACAGGCAGCCUCAGCCAACGGUUUUGUGAAGGUCAUGAAACUUUUAAUAGACAGGGGAGUUGACGUGAAUGCUCAUGAUAGAGCCGACGAAUAUGCGUAUGGACCAAAUCGAGAUCUGGACGACGACGUACGCCGCGAGCCAGCAAAUGCCCCGGUGGCUAAGGAGGAUGCACAUCAAGAAGAGCGCCUCUGGGUUGAGAAACUCGCUACCAUGGAGACGAACGAGCUUCAAGAGGAAAGCUUGCUGGUCAAACAACUUUUGGUCGACGAAUCCAAGCCGAGGCAGAAACAAAAUGAAGAUCCGAAUCAAGGGUUACGAUACGAGAGUCGAGAAACCCCCUGGGAGAGAUUCGAACAGAUCCUGCUCAGGAGAUUGAAGAAAAAUCGCCUACGCGAUGGUAUUCACAGCAAUGCCCUACAAGCAGCAUCGGCGCAAGGAUGGACGGAUGCAGUUGCUCUCCUACUCGAAGCUGGGGCGGACACAAAUACUUGUGAGGGUAUUUAUGGAAACCCGUUGCAAGCUUCGUCAGCGCAAGGCCAUGCACAAAUCGUGAAGCUUCUCAUUGACAAUGGAGCCAACCCCAACAAGCUCGGAGGAUUUUACGGUACCGCUCUGCAGGCGGCUUCGGCACGAGGCCAUGACCAAGUAGUAGCCGUCUUGCUAGAUAAUUGGGCUGACCCCCGGCGAGAGGGAGGAGCAUUCGAUGCCUCUCUUCCAGCUGCUGCGGCGAGGGGACACACCCGAAUUGUCGAACUCCUUCUCCAACACCCCGGCUACUUGAAUCCAGAAGAGACCAUGUUUCAGAGAGCUCUUUACUCUGCUACGGCUGGCGCGUAUAUCGAUAUUGUCAAACUGUUAUUAGAAAGAGGCGCUGAUAUGGACGUCGAAGAACAGUGGUACAUUGGCGCACUACAAAUAGCCACAAAGCUCGGGCUUUUUGAAAUUGUGAAAAUGCUUCUAGAGAACGGGGCCGGCAUCAACGUACCAAUAAUUGGAGACCGAGACGAACACCCCCUCUUCGUGGCCUUGAUACAAGGGAAUGCCGAUAUUGUCAGGCUGUUUAUCGAGGCUGGUGCAAACUUGAACACGGGUAAAGAGACGAGCAACACCCCUCUUUGCGCUGCAGCAAAAGGUGGCCAUGCAGAAAUGAUCCGGCUUCUGAUCAAUCACGGUGUUGAACUGAUUUCGGACGACGAUUUUUCGAGCCUUGAACUCUCGGCGGCGGUCAAGAAUGGUCAUGAAGAAGCUGUAGCUCUCCUGCUCGAGCUUGGUGCCACAUAUAAUGGUUUCACACUUGAAGCUGCCUGCUACGGCAAGCACGAAACGAUUUUGCGAAUGCUGGUUCGCUCGCCAGCAAUGCUGACUGCGAUAGGUGAUGGAAAGGUUGACUGGAUGUCGUCCAACCCCUUGCAGAUAGCCGCACGGGGUGGCGAUGAGAAUUUACUACGCAUUCUGCUUGAGGCUGGUAUCUUUCCUGGACCCGGCGCUCUCCAGGAAGCGUCCGCUAGGGGAGAUAUAGAGAUUGUCAAAUUACUCCUGCGAGCCGGAAGCGGCAUCGACGAGCAGUACGGAGAGCAUGGGACUGCCUUGCAGGCGGCGUCCAGGCUAGGGAAUAUGGACUUGUUGCACCUUUUGAUUGAGGAAAAUGCAGAUCUGAAUGCUUCUGGGGGGCAAUUUGGAACUGCACUCCAGGCCGCUGUGACCAGUGGCCACGACCACAUCGUUGACGCCCUGCUAAAGGUUGGUGCUGACAUCAAUGUGGAAGGUGGCUGUCGUGGCAGCGCGCUUCAGGCUGCCGCAGACAGUGGCAAUGAGAAGUUUGUCGAGACCUUGCUUGGACUAGGAUGCCAAACGAUCAACACAAACCGAGGAAAGUACGGCAAUGCGUUGCAGGCAGCCUCCAGACAGGGCCAUUUAGGAAUAGUCCGCCUACUUCUCGAUCAUGGAGCGGCUGUAAACACGAGGGGCGGAAAGUAUGGGAGUGCUUUGCGAGCUGCCGUCAGUAAGGGCCAUCUCCAAGUCACGGAAUUACUAUUGGACUCGGGCGCCGUCGUGGAUAUUGAAGCAAGAGGGGAAAGACACUCAGCACGAUACUCAUUUUCUUGGGGUGAAAGCGCCGGUGCCAAUACUCUCGACUCUUCAGAAGACGAUGCAGCUGAUGAACGAAUUUAUGGGCUUUUUCCAACUAACCCUGCGGACAGGGACGGUGACGUUCGCGAAACCCACAUUCCCGUUCAAAGCAAUGAGAUGGGAGGAGAAGGUUCACAGGACAUGUUUCUAUCCACUCCCCAUUCAAUUCCAAUAGAGGAGCCCCUUAGGCCCGAUCCGAGUCCAGAUGAUCAAAGAGGUGAUGACCCAGGGGAUGGAAGCGAAGAAGCCGAUGAUUUGGAAUUCGAGCUCGAGCUGUCUUAUAGUGAGUUACUCGACGAAGAUUGCAAGUGGGAAAGACGUGGACUGGGCCAAAGAGAAUGGAGACAAUACGACGAAAUAAGCUGGACGAAUCAAGUAACGCACAGCACCCUAAAGUUGGCCGCGCUGUCCGGGAAUGAGCUUCUCAUUCAAGCUCUCCUAGAUGCCGGCGCCAGCCUCGUGGAAAUAGAUAUCUACGAAAAGUUCUCAACCGCUCUUGAUCCCACGAUCAAAGACGGCAUCAUUGAGCGCCUGGUUAACGCCGGCGCAGACCACACAAUACUGGGCCAAGCAGUCAGAGUAGCAGCCCGGAACGGCGACGAAACAAGUCUGAACAGGUUGGUCCAGUGGGCCACAGCUCAUGGGGUCAAAACCUCAUACAGCGAAGCACUUUGUGAGGCUGCAAGACAAGGCAAUGAAAAGCUUGUAAAAAUUCUCUUGGAGAACGGGGCAGAUCCGAGUGCAGAAACAGACUCCGUGGACAACCCCUUCUUUGUCGCUUUGGAUAGUGGCGAUGAGUCGCUGUGCCUGCUCCUCCUAGAUGCGCGGGCCAACGUUUUUUCAUCUUAUCGGGACGCGUUCGAGAAAGUGGCAAGAGUGGUUAGGAGGGACUUCCGCCAACUUAUGCCUGCUCUCCUGAAUGUUGAUAUGGACCCUGAUAAAAGAAAAGGGAGCUAUAACUGGGCGCUCCGGACCGCGGCUCGCUGCGGCAAGGGGUGCAUCGUGGAUAUCGUUAUCGAGAUGGCCGAGAGACAUUCUGUCCCGUUGGAUUAUUCCGCUGCGUUGACCUCUGCUGCAAGGGGGGGGAAUGAAAACGCUGCGAUCCUUUUAAUAAAGAAAGGCGCUCAGCUUAACUUGGAUGACUGGAUGGACAAAGCUGAAAUGAUACGGAUCAUCAACACUGGGGACGAGUAUCUCGCGAAGCUGCUUCUUGGAUCAUGCCCUCAAUUCAAACACCAAGAAGAGACCAACGUACAGAUUCUGCACCUUGCGGCGAGGAAGGGUUUCACGCGCAUCGUCAGCAUGCUAUUAGAGCAUGGACUCGAUCCGGCGAGUUCGUCCUCGAAAUAUCAAAAUGUCUUCGAGGCUGCCGCCGCAGGAGGUCACAGUGACAUGCUUGACCUCCUCUGGAGCACUUCUGGGCUCAAGGACGAGCAUAGGGGGAUAGCGCUUCGGUCCGCGUGUCGAUACGGCAGUCCUCAGAUGGUAGAGGGAAUCCUGAAGACUGGUGUCGACGUCAACUCACAGGAUGGAAAGUACGGAAGUGCGCUAUAUGCGGCUUCAAAACGAGGUCACAGACGAAUUGCGGAGAUACUGAUCAAUGCUGGAGCUGAUGUCAACGGCCAGAACGCUACCUUUGGGAGCGCCCUUCAAGGCUCUGCAGCUCGUGGUCGUGCACGAGUAGCGGAGUAUCUGCUCGAAAAUGGUGCACGCAUCACGAGAGAGGAUGAAAAUGGGCAAAACACGCUUCAGGUAGCUGCCAAAGGCGACCACAUUCAUGUGAUAGGUCUGCUUCUGCGUCAUGGUGCAGACCUAGACCCCAAGGCCGGCCGGUGGGGAGGCGCCAUCCAAGCUGCUGCCAGCGCUGGCAGUCUUACGACAAUCAAUUUUCUGCUUACCCGUGGUGCCGAUGUGAAUGCCAUGGGCGGCAAAUAUGGCUCGGCUCUCCACGUAGCUGCCUACCACGAUAAGUAUCGGACGGUAAAUCUGCUCUUGGAAAAAGGCGCCUCCCCUGAUGCAACGUGGCGCCAGGAUGGCACCCCACUCCAAGCAGCUAUAACAAAGAAGCAUUUCGUAAUUGCCCGGGUGUUGGUCGAUAGAGGUGCGAAUGUCAAUGUACAGGGCGGCUUGUACGGAAACGCUCUACAAGCUUUAGCAGUCGUUGGGUCAAACUAUUCACUUGCAGAGAACUUAAUCAAACAUGGCGCCGAUAUCAAUAGUGUUGGUGGGAAGUUUGGGUGUGCUUUGCAAGCGGCAGCGAAGUUUUCUGCGGACGUUUUCAAACUUCUCCUCAAACGAGGAGCUGAUCCUAAUAUCCAAGGCGGAGAGUACGGAAACCCACUUCAGGCUGCCUGUUGUUCUCGCAGGAAGAAAGCAAUUCAGAUGUUGAUUAAGGCUGGAGCUGAGGUAGAUUCCCAAGGCGGGAUAUUUGAAACUCCUCUCAUAGCAGCAUGCAUGUUAGGGAGCAGGGAAAACGUCGAAGUGCUGCUAGACCACGGAGCAGAUGUGGACUUGUACUUGCAAGAUGGGCACCUAGGAAGCCCACUCCAUGCGGCUUGCUUUGCCCAAGACAAAGAGCUCGUUGAACUUCUAUUGUCUCGUGGCGCCGAUGUUAAUUUCCAAUUCGGUGAGCACGGCAAUGCACUGCAGGUCUCCUGUAUGAUGGGCAGGCAGGAUGUUGUUGAAGUUUUGCUAGCGAAGGGAGCCAGCACGAACGCAAAGGGGGGGCAGCUCGGAGGCGCGCUCCAAGCCGCAUCUUGGUCCGGCGAUGUGGAAAUUGUCAAAAUGUUACUCGGUCACGGACCUGAGGUAAAUAUGGGGGGUGGCUUCUUUGGAGACGCGCUCCAAGCAGCUUCGAGCGGAUCCGUGUUUCCUGUUGGACAGGCCUACCCUCUUGCAUAUUUUGAAGCCAUCAGAGAGGCCGAAGGCCUGCAGCGACGGCCAGAGAGUGAAGGCAGCGUUUCCUCCAGCUCGUCUUCGGCCACGGCCGAAAGUCCUAUCUACCCUCACCCCGCGUUGGCGACGCGUCGUGGAUCUAAGGGCAUUGAAUAUGAGUAUCGUCCAGGGGAUCAUGCGGAAGUUAUUCAGCUGCUGUUGGAUAAUGGCGCUCGUGUCCAGUCCGAGGGUGGCCACUUCGGCAACGCCUUACAAGCAGCAGUAGUUUCAGGAAGCGAGUCGCUGGUGGAAAAGCUGAUGGAUGCUGGUGCUCAUGUCAACGCCAAGGGCGGAGAAUUUGGCGCGUCUUUGGUCGCGGCUGCUACUUGUGGUCUCAUGCCUAUUGUCCGACGACUGUUGAACGCUGGAGCGGAUAUCAACUCGCAAAGCAAAUCGUACGGAACCGCUUUGAUAUCAGCUUCUUCCAAAGGCUACAAUGACGUUGUCGGGCUUUUGCUUGAGCGAGGUGCUGAUGUGCACGCGAAAAAGCAAGAAACCAAUGAAUCAGCACUUGCGGUUGCAACUAAGCAAGGCCACGACGAGAUUAUUAAAAUGCUAGUGGACGCAGGGGCUGAUGUCAACAGACCAGUUGAAGCCAGUGCGGCUGCUCAU